CCGAGAGCAUAGGAUUAGAAGAUGCGCAGUCCCCUCAGAUGCAGCUGAAUUUGACCUGAGGUCAACUAGCUCUUCUUUUCUCUUUUCCAAUGGAAGCUUUUUCCUCCUGCUCCAAAACAGCUUCAUCGGUUAGGUUUAAAUUGUGAUUACCUUCAAUUAAGUUUAUUACAUUUAGGACUUCUAAAAUUAAAUUUAAAUAAUCGAAUUAAUGAUGGUUUUUGGAUUAGUUACUAAUUUUCUAUUGGUGAUUGCUUUUCUGCCGAUGGUUUAGAUUCUGUGGCCGGAUUGUGAUGCUACGGAGCAUCUAUAUAUAGCCGGUAUUGGUUUGUAGCUAUUUGUUUACUAAUAUAUAUGCCUAUUUGAUUUUAUAUAUGAAGCAUAUUGCUGUAAACUCAAAUGUGAUGAUUUGUAAUAUUUGUACUUGGAAAUUUCUGAAGCUAUGCGUAUGAAUUUAAUGAAUAUGUGAUUUUCUUAUUGUAGAAUCUACUGUAAGUUGUGGUAAUACCAAUACCUCACUUCUAAAAUGGCCAAUGAAGAAAAUAACUGAGUAAAACAUUUUUGUAUUUACUCAAAUGAUGAUAUGAUGGCAAAUAGAUCAAUUAAUUAGCUUUGAGUUUUACAAUGAAGGCACCCCUCCUGAAAAGAUCAGGUGGUAAUACCUUAUUGCAUCGUCAGGGUAAGCUUGUUUUACAAUUUAUUUUUAAAAUGAUGCACCUUAAUUCAAUAAUUUAUAUAUGUUCUAUAAAAGUGGUUGCAUUUAACAUUUUCGUUAUGUUUGUUUACGUGUAUGUCAUUUACCAUUUACCGUCCUCAAAUCUGUACCUUUUUUAUCCUCAAAGGCAAUUCUACAAUAUUCUCUGAGUUCCUCUCGUUAAAUUGGUUAUGAAGUAAGAUCUUUCUUGUUUUUUUUAUCAUCUUUUAGUUUCAUCAGAUAUCAUUUUUCUACAUUAGUUGAUGUAGGCAGAUCAUUUCCAUUUAUCUAUAUAAUUGGGUGUAAUGUACUUGUAUGAUGUAACUUUGUGCAAUAUAUUCUUUUAAGCUUUAAAUGCAUGUGACUAAAAGAGUUAUCUUUAGUACUAUUAUAAAAAAUGAAUAAACAGUCUUUAACUAAGACCAAGUUGAAACCCGAAAGUUAUUGUAGUAGCUUAUUUAUAAUAAGAUUAUUCUUUAUAAAAUUAGUUUAUGAUUUAUACUUCAGUUAAUAAUAUUAAUUUGUCGUGCCUAUUUCUUUUUGCUUAUAUUAUUUAAUAUCAGCAAAAUUUGUUAAAUUUGUUAAAUUUAGUAACAUAAGUAGGUUGGAUGGUUUACAAGAGAUAUACCUUACUACAAUUUAAAAGUUCUGUGUGAUGAAACAUGACUCUUUUUGGGAUAGACUAUAGAGUGCAUUUAUUAAGGAGGAGGAGGAGGAGAAGAAGAAGAAGAAGAAGAUUGGCCGUGACUAAGUGUAGUCACGGAUUAGUCCAGAACUCGAUCCGUGACUACAUCUUGACCAGAAUUAGCUCUCCAGCACGUUAGUCACGGACCGGAUCCGUGACUACUUCUAAUUUAAAUUUUUAAAUGUUAGUCACGGACACGAGCCGUGACUAAGUUUAAUUUAAUUUUUUUUAUUUUUUGUGGUAGUCACGGACAUGUAUCCGUGACUAUGUUAAAUUUAAAACAAUUGAAUUUAUUCCGGAUUAAAACGUAGUCACGGAGCUGGUCCGUGACUAAUGUUUUUGUUUUUUUAAAAAAAUUGAUUUUAAAUAAAAAAUAAAAAAAAUGAAAAUUGAAUUUAUUCCGUAUUAAAACGUAGUCAUGGAUUUAGUCCGUGACUAAUGUUUUUGAUUUAAAAAAAAAAAGAUUUUAAAUAAAAAAAUAAAAAAUUAUUUUAAUUUUACUUUAAAGCAAUUAGAAUAAAAAUAAAUUCCAUACAAUCUUAAACAUAAAAAAUGUUAUUACAGACAGAAUUAUAAAAAUAAAAUCCAUACAAUGUCAAACAAUAUUAUGUAAUUACAUGCCCGUACGUCGGACUCCAUUAUGAUAAAAAUUAGAAUCAUCAUAAUCAUAUGCAUCAUCAUUAUCAUCAUAGUCACGAUGAUGAUCCUCUUCUGCAUCCACGGUGUCCAAGGGUCGGGAACUUCCUCGGCUGCCUCGGUUGCCUCCUCGAUUGCCUCCUCGGUUGCUUCCUCGACUGCCUCCUCGGUUGCCUCCACCGGAUGACUGAAACUGAUUGAGCAUAUCAAACGACAGAGAUCCGAAUGUCGACCCUAUUGCAGGCAUGGCACCAUAACCGGAGUUAGAGUGGUAACCCAUACUACCCAUGUGCGGAAUCUGAGGAGUCUGCUCAACGUGCAUCAUGUACGGUCGAGGAAGAGGCUGAGGCGGAGGCUGAUAUCCAGCAAGGAUCCGUUCCAUUGCUUCCAGCCGGACCCUUGUUUCUUCAUCAUUCUUCCGUUGCUGUUCAAAUGCCCGCUCCUCCUCCUCCAAUUCUCGCUGCAAUUGGGCAAUGCGUGGAUCCUCUCCUCGCCUAGAUCGAGAAGAUGAUGAAGCUCCGCUGCCGCUGCGAUCGUACAAAAUACGUUGCCCCUCAGCCCCGAGGCACGGAAGCCGACCCUUGUACACCCCUGCUGCCUCAAGGAUGGCAUCAUCUUCCACAUCAGAAUCGAUGUCAUCUUCUUGAGUCAAGCCUAGUUCCGCCCGCUUCUUUUCAACAUUUGUGUUAUACUUUGUCUACAAACAUUUAAAAAAAUUAUUCAAAUGAUAUUUACUUCAAUUUGAAAUAAUAGUAUUGAUGUUACAUACUUCGAUUUCAGCAAGGCGGGGUGGUAGAUUGGCUUGCGACUCAACACCGUUCUUCGUCCAACAAUGUUUGAUUACCUUGAGGAUAGAGACCCUCUUCUUUUGAGGCCCCGCCUACAAGGAUAUGUGCUUUCCAUGGCGAAAUGGAAAGAGCAAGGCUUAUUAGACCGGUUUCUUCCGACAUCGGAGGUAGAUUCAACGAAGUCUAGCACAACCACAACUGAAGAAAUUCCAAGACAUGUAAGCUGGUUUUGUGCUAGGUCGGGAUUGACAUCUGAUGGACAUUUAGCUUUUCCCGGUAAUACUGAUGGCAUGAAAGAGAAAAAAAAACAAAUUGGACAAAAUUCAAGAUGACAUAGCUGCAGGGACAUGGAAGCCAAUUGGACGACAUGAUAUUUUGACUGAGGUUGUAGGGAAACCUGACUAUCCUGGCCGUGCACGUGGCAUUGGUGGUGGUGUGGGUUAUACUCGAGUGUUUGCAGCAGAGCGUAGAGGUGGACGGCGUGAUAAAGUGGGUAAUUUGAGUGAGGAUGAUUUGAAAAAGUUGCAAGAGAGAUGGUUGAAAGAUAUGCAUCACUACUUUGUUCCUAGAGGUGAACAACCUACCAUGAGAUCAACGCAAGCUUCUGAGUCAGGCCAAGUUGAUACAAUGAACUCCACGGCUGAUAUUCCACAUAAAUCUUUCAUUGAUGGUGCAAAUUGUAGGCUGGCUGUUGAGUCACAAACUGUUAAUGGUGAUAUGAGCUUGGAUUAUGUGGCCGUAGCUGUAGCUUACAACACACCAGUUGGUGCUUUGAUUCAUAAUGUAUCGAUGUCUGAUAAAACAAUUAAAGUGAAUAUAUCAAUGCCAUGUCCAGGUUGUGAUCAGUGUCCCUUGUUGUUUCCAAAUGAAUCGGCUGAUAUGUAUGUUAUAGCGGAUGCUGUUGGUUCCUUUGUUCAGUGGCCAGCUCGGUUGGUGAUUUUUGAGGGGGAGGAACCACAAUUUCAACACAAAAAAAAGAGAUGAAGAAGAAGCAAACCCCAUUUGUUGAGAGAGAUCCUCCAAAAGUAACGGUUGCACCUUCUAUAUGCCCGUUAGUCAGUGAGAGCAUACUUGAUACUCUUACAGAUGAUGUUUUGGAGUUGCACGAGGCAUUGCAGUGGUUUGAACUUGAAAAUUGUAAGUUCUCUGUCCAUCUUUCUACAGAUGUGUUCUGUUUUCAGGAAGAUCGUCCGUUUGGGGCUACAAUUGAUCGUGAUGAGUUGUCUCGGUUUCUUGAGGGGGACUCACUUGAGAUUUGUAUCAUUCAGACUUUCAUGGUUUGUUUAAAAGAAAAGCUAGUUGAGCUUGGCCGUGACGACAUUGGCUUUUUGUGCCCUCACCUGUGCUCUUCUGAACAUUAUAAAUUGGACAAAAAGGGCACAAUGACUUACUUGAAACAUGCUUUGAUAAAGUCCUUUGAAAAGUCAUUCAUUUUCCUUCCAUACCAUGAAGGGUAUCAUUGGAUUCUACUUGUCAUUUGCCCUAUGAUCGAUAAGGGAUAUAUUUUUGAUUCCAUUUCGAGUUCUAGCAUUAGUAUUCAAAGAGACUUGACAACAAUGUACAGGGUUGCAUCUGCACAAAAAGGUAGCGGUAAGCCAAUUAAAUGGAAUAGUGUGAAGGUUGCACAACAAACCGGAAGUACUGAAUGUGGAUAUUAUGUCAUGAGAUUCAUGUGGGAAAUAAUAUCAUACUCUGAAAAUCAUGAUAUUGGAAAGGUAUGGCGUUCAAGAAGUGAACCAUACACAUUAGCAGAGUUCAAUGAUAUCAGAAAUAUAUGGUCAAGAUACUUUCUGGAUGUUGUACUGCAAAGUUGAGAAAAAACUAUUUAGCCAAACAAUUUGUAAUGUAUGAAAUUUGUAAUAUAUGAAUGUUGAUUGGAUGUUUAAUUAAACACGUAUUUGAUUGUGCAUUAUGCGUUUUUAUAGAUGAUAUGGUACUGUUUUUA